GCAGAUACGGCUGCGGGCCUCAUGCCUGAUUCACCUAAUAAAUCAUUUCAGGGUAAAAUCAGUCGGACAUGCUACAAGAGAGGUACGGCAGCGAAACUAAAGUGAGUCAUAUCCUCUGCAUUUUCUGGUUUUCUGACGACAGCGUCCACUCUCCCCCGGAUGCAUGGACUUAGGACUCGGACACUGCAGCCUGUCACAGAAGGAAAUGAAAAGUUUAACAACGAAAAUGUCAGCCAGUUUGACAUUUGGAAAUAAUGGAGUCAUAUUCGAGUGAAUUCGCUGGUCUGUGCACGUUUGAGAGUUUUAAGAGAAUCUGGCCGCAUUACGGUUUUGAUACUGACCAACGAGAACUGAUACAGCGCGAAUUCACCAGGAUUAAAGACAUUACGUACCUUGAUCAUGCGGGGACAACGCUCUUUCCCGAAUCCCAGAUCAGGAAAUUUUAUGAGGAUAUAUCCAGGAAUGUGUAUGGCAACCCUCACAGCCACAAUCCCAGCAGCAGGCUGACCCACGACACAGUGGAAAGUGUCCGGUACAGGAUACUGGAGCACUUUAACACCAGCCCUGAGGAGUACUCUGUAAUCUUCACCGCUGGCUGCACUGCUGCACUUAAACUAGUGGCUGACUCCUUCCCGUGGGUGUCUGCUCAUGGCAAUUGCUCAGGAAGUCAGUUCUGCUACCUCACUGACAACCACACCUCUGUGGUGGGCAUCCGUGGGGCGACUGGCCCUAAAGGAGUCGAAACAGUGCCUGUGUCACCUCAGGAAGUAGAAGCAAGGGUCGAAAAUAAUCAAGCGUCUGUCAGUACAGGGCAUGAAUGCUCAGUGCCCCAUCUUUUCUGUUACCCUGCCCAGAGCAACUUCUCAGGGCGGAAGUAUCCACUGAGCUAUGUGAGAGGGAUUCAGUCUCGGCGGCUCUUCCCAGCGUGUGAGCGCAGAGGCCGAUGGUUUGUUCUGCUGGAUGCUGCCUGUUUCGUUGGCUGCUCACCACUAGACCUGAAGCAGCACCCUGCUGAUUUCGUGCCCAUCUCUUUUUAUAAAAUGUUUGGCUUCCCCACUGGACUUGGGGCCUUGCUGGUAAGGAAUGAGGCAGCUGAGCUGUUGAGAAAGGGCUAUUUUGGAGGAGGGACGGCAGCAGCUUAUCUGGUGGGAGAGGACUAUUUUGUACCAAAGUCAAACAUAGUCAGCAGAUUUGAAGAUGGCACCAUUUCGUUCCUUGAUGUUAUUUCCCUCCAUCAUGGUUUUGACACCCUUCACAAACUCACUGGUAGCAUGGUGAACAUUCAGCUGCACACAUUUGGUUUAGCUCGUUACACCUACAUUAUGCUUUCAUGCCUGCGCCAUAGCAAUGGACAGCCUGUGGCUCAAAUCUACUGUGACAAUGAGUUUGAGAGUGCAGCUGACCAGGGAGCUGUCCUCAGCUUCAACCUGCUGGACUGCCAUGGCCGAGUGGUGGGAUAUUCACAGGUGGACAAAAUGGCUUGUCUGUUUAGUAUUCAUAUGCGCACAGGAUGCUUCUGUAACACAGGGGCCUGUCAAGCCCAUCUAGGCAUCAGCAACCAAGAAGUGAAAAGGAACCUACAGGCUGGUCAUGUCUGUGGAGACAACAUUGACAUGGUAGAGGGCCGUCCCACUGGGUCCAUCCGCAUAUCCUUCGGGUACAUGUCCACUUUUGAGGAUUGUCAGAGUUUUCUUAAGUUCGUCGUGAGCUGCUUUGUGGAUAAACCACUAAGACUGGACCAAGAGAGAUUGGCAAGAUUAAGAUCAGCUGCUCCAGCAGAGGCUACAGUUUCAAACGAAUUGACCUCUGUACCCAAUGGGAGAACUGUACCUGAGGGGAAUGACCUGAAUAUCUCUCCUGCUCCUGUCAGAAAGGCCUCAUCAACUGAGGCUGUUUUAAAAACAGAGGGGAACAGUGGGAAGGCCCACACUCUGACCAAUAUCUUUAUAUAUCCCAUUAAAUCAUGUGCUGCAUUUGAGGUGACAGAGUGGCCCUUGGGGUUGCAGGGGCUUCUGUAUGACCGCACAUGGAUGGUAGUGAAUGAAAAUGGAGUCUGUCUGAGCCAAAAGAGAGAGCCAAAACUGUGUCUCAUCUACCCACACAUCUGUCUAGUCUCCAACACCUUGCGACUGCAAGCCUCAGGCAUGGAUCCCAUCACUCUUCCCCUGGAGGCCAGUGAAGAAAAUCUUGUUCUACGAAAAUGUCAAAGCAAGGUCUGCGGUGACAGAGUACAGGCAGUCGACUGUGGGGAGAGAGUAUCAGUUUGGCUCUCUAAGUUUCUGGGAAAACCUUGCUGUCUGAUUAGACAGAAUCCUGAUUUCUCUCGGGAUAUGAAAAUGGGCCAAGAACAAGGACUCUGUCCCCCUCCCCUCUCUCUGGUAAAUGAGGCUCAGUUUUUGCUGAUUAACAGAGCUAGUGUGGCUCUUCUGCUGGAUCAUAUCGUCAACAAACACGAUAGCUCACAAAAUGGCACAUCAUUCGACAUGCUACAGCUCAUUCACCGUUUCCGGGCCAACCUUGUUAUCUCAGGCCUGGAGCCUUUUGAAGAAGAGGACUGGUCCGAUGUGAAAAUAGGAGGUGCUCUGUUUAAGGUGGCAGGCAGGUGUGGUCGAUGCCAGGUGAUUGGAAUAGACCAGGCCUCUGGUUCUAGGACCCAAGAGCCUCUCAGGUCUCUGUCUGAAUGCCGGAAUGGGAAGGUCACCUUCGGAGUAUACUUGCUUCACAUACCUCAGAGAAACCCUAGUGCAUAUCCAGCAUUAUCUGUUGGGUCCACUGUGAUUGCACAGACAGAAAAAUCAGCAAAUGAAUUUUAAACCAAGAGUAACACAGGAAUCAUUAUUCAUAAAAGCCUUAAUCUGUGUCAGGAAAACUGGCCACAUAAGUCUUACGCCAAUUUUCCACUAGCAGCCAUGGAACCAUGUAGAGUAGGCCGAGCCUCAUUAUAAUUUUAUGUCCACACCUGCAACCAAGCUGUGACACCUUUCACAAGGCUUAAGUUGGUUGGUUGUUUUUUUGUUCUCAAAUUAUAAGCAUCACUCUGAAAUAUAAGUCACACUGAUCCAUGUGACAAUUUUGAAAAAAAAGUUUCAAUAACGGCAUUCACUUUAAUUGUCCCUUAUAAUAGAAAUUGUGGAGGAUAUGCUAACAAUUAUUUUGUCUAAGGAGCCGGUUUAUUGCUGAUUCUAGUGUUUUCCAAUUUCCAAUUAAAUAAUAUGAUACAGGAGCAUAAGUUACAAUUUAGGAUCCAAUUUAUGUUUAAGUCUAUAAUGCAGUGCUCAAACCAACGAAUGUGUAUGUAUUUACAGGACCUGUGAUAUACAGUGGAGAAUUAAAGAUUUUGUUAUCAUCUCCUAAAUGGUAACUUCACAGGAGAAGGAAAAAAUCUACUUUACUUUUAAUUUAGGUCAAUGGAACCAGACAUUUUUUCAAGUCAGUUUGGGCCAUUUCUUUUGGUCCAUUUAUCAUGAAAUUCAUACACAAUGUAAAGGGCAACAGGCACUUUUAAAUUCUGUCAAAAACUGGAAAACGACAAAAUUGGAGACAUGAGGUUUUGUUCCCGACAGCAGUGAUAUAUCAGACAAACAUAACAAGAGAAUAUGCUAAUAUGCUGUGGGAAUGGUGGCAGUGCAGGGCCUUCAGUUUGGGCCAUAAAUUUCUAAUUUCCUGAAGGCCUACAGUCACAUAUUUGGUUAAUUCCACUGUCAAUUCCUAAUUAUGGUGGUUAAUCUGAUUUGUUAGGCCUGCUGUCCAGCUCUUGAAGGCCAACCAGUGGGAACACUUGCCUGGCUGUAUCUACCCUAGACACCAGGGAGAAGAAGAUUCUGAUUGGGCUGUUUUUUGUUGGGCAUUUCAAUAAUUAAACGCUUUUGUUUCCAACCAAAAAUUAACAAUGAAAUAAUAGUAUUACUACAAUACUUGCAGACUUCAAAUGCAACAUAAUGAUUGUAAUAAAUAAAAUCAACUAAACAUUA